GGAAACAGUCUGUAACAUAACCUCUCUGACACUGUUUGGCUCAGUAACUUCGCCAUAUUUUUCAAGCGUGCGGACGUGCGAGCGCAAAGCGACGGAACUCCGACGCUCUGUACUUGAAAACAGUGUGAUUGUUUUGCUUCUGGCUACAUAAUAAGAGAAAUGACAUCGGCAUUGGAGUCCAUGGUGGUUGACGAAAAACAACUCCCCGAGAAACCGGUGGACAGAGAAAAAACAUGUCCUCUUUUACUGAGAGUGUUCUGUAAUACUGGACGUCAUCAUAAUAUAAUGGAAUACAGCAGAGGAAACGUUCCUUCUAACGAACUGCAGAUAUAUACCUGGAUGGAUGCUACUUUGCGAGAAAUUACUGGCUUAGUUAAGGAAGUAAAUCCAGAUGCUCGCAGCAAAGGCACGUAUUUCGACUUUUCACUGGUGACUCCUGAACUACGUAAUUCCGGCUACCGUAUGCGUGAGAUCGGCGUGACGUGUUCUGGGCAGAAAGGUGCCGACGAUAACAAAACACUUGCACAAGCCAGGUUUACUAUAGGAGAUUAUUUGGAUAUAUCAAUAACGCCACCGAACAGAAUGAUGCAACCAGCAAUAAGACGUGGUGGUUUGCGCCAGUAUUAGGGUAACUUCGUAUAAAAAUUAUAAUAAAAACAUUUUUAUUAUAAGCAAUAUCUUAUGUGCGUGUGAUACGCUACACAAUUCCAUAAGAACUGCCUAAUUAUUUUUGAACAAGUAUUGAGAAUGUAAGAUUGCCUUUUCAUUUUCCUCUGGACUCUUUUCUAUCAAAGUUAACAUUUUUUGUUCAUAAAUACUUGUGUAUGUGUGUACGAAACAAUAAAGUUUCUUCAACUUA